AUGGUCCGGAGUGACGUUGAUCCAAGUGAGCCCACUAUACCAUUUCAACAAAAAAAAAGUGAGCCCACUAUACAGGAAUUACCCUCGGGCCUCGGCUAUGUUGCGGCCAGAACCCAACGCAAACCCUUCAAUCCACCGCCGCCAAUGACCGGCGGCGACUCCUCUCCGACCCUGGCGCCGCCUCCGAAAGGCGGGAAGGAGCCAAGCACCACCACCACCACCACCCUCUCCCUCCGCGCGGGCCUCCCACCUGCAGCCGUUACCGAUAGCGGUCAUGGCCGCCGAAAGCAACGGCGGCGGAAGGCGCGCCGAGCUUCACCCAUACACAAGCUCGGUGACGACCUCCUGCUAGAGGUCUUCCACCGCCUCCCCUCCCUCGCCACUCUUGUCCGUGCCGCUUUCACCUGCCGCGCGUGGCGCCGCGCGGUGGCCUCCUCCCCGGACUUCCGCCGCCGCUUCCGUGCCAUCCACCCGGCGCCCCUCCUCGGUCUCUUCUUCGAUGCCCCCGGUCCCGCGCGGGAUUCUAACGCACCUGCCUUCCCAAUCUUCGUCCCCUCCCGCCGCCGCGACAGGGAUCUAACUGCCGCCGUCCGCGUCGGCGAUUUCUUGUUAACCUGCAUUGAGGACCUUCCCGACGAAGCCCCUUCCUGGGAAAUGGUCGACUGCUGCCAUGGAUGUGUCCUCCUCAUGAAUUGGGAACUUUCAUCACUCGUCGUGUUCAACCCUUUGGCGCGGCAGAGUGAGGAUGUCUUUGAUGUGGGCUCUGACGAUAUGUUUGACGACCACCGUGGCCACCAGUACGGCAAUGCUAUCCCUCGCUUGCUCAUCUCUGCCGAGGACCCUACGGUAUUCCGCGUGGUGCUUCUUGUAUAUGACAAGUGCAGGGUAAGGGCUGUGGUCUUUUCUUCGGACAGUUGGGAAUGGUCAGUUUAUCCCUGGGCAGACGUUCCGGCGAGUUCAGGUGAUGAUGCAUGGAUUCAAGAUGCGGGUGGCAUGCAAGCCAAUGGGCAUCUGUACUGGGUCUACAAGGAUCAGAGGUACCUCAUUUCACUGGACACCGCCACGAUGGAAUUCUGCGUCACUGUGCUCCCACACUACCUUAGGUAUCGUGGCUUUGAUGUUGGUGAGACGAAGGAUGGUGCAACUUGCAUUGUUUUUUCAGAUAACCUGAAUGUUGGUGUCUUGAUGCCCACAAGGGAUAAUGAUGGCGUCGAGAGAUGGGUGCUGGAUAAGGUAGUACCUAUCGACAGAGAGCUUGAACGAGCUCUUCGUGUCGGAUUGGAUGAUGGCAGUGUCGUGGACCAUUUGGUAGAUGUCCCUAGUGCUCUGUCUGUUUUUGCAGUCCGGGAUGGCUAUGUGUAUUUGGCAACAUUGGCAGAUAAUCCUCAAAGUCCAUGUUGGUUAUUGUCCUUAUGCUUGGAAACUAUGAGUUUGGAAAGACUAUUCAAGAAUAUGUUUGAGGAUGCUGCUCAUCCGUAUAUUAUGGUGUGGCCUCCUUCUUUAGUCGGCAACUACGGCAGGUUUGCAGUUGAAGAUGCUCCUAGUCCUUGA